CUACUCAACGCCCUCGCAGUUAUAUCGGAGGAUUUACGGGUUCUGAAAAAAGGUUUGCUGCACAAUCACUGCUCUAUAUUUACCAGUGAAAUCUUGGCUAUCUAUCAAGCUGCUCUAAUAGCAUCCAAAACUAAGGGUAAAUUCUGCAUUUGUACAGACAGUCAAUCUACCAUCGAUGCCGCCAAAAAUUUUACCAAUAACAGUGUUUUAGUAACUUAUGUUCGUGAUCUGCUCACCAAGCACGCAAAUAAAAUGAAAUUGAUGUGGAUACCUGGUCACUGUGGAAUUCAGGGCAAUGAACUCGCCGAUUCUGUGGCGAAAAGUAUUCAUGAAGAACCGGUUCUGUGUUUUGACGCUCUUGAAAAAGCUGACUUAAAACGUCUAAUAAAGCAGUACGUACAUAACAAGUCCCUGUUGAAAUGGAAUGAAUACGUUCAUCAUUAUGCGGCAAUUAAUCCUACUAGAGCAAAGCCUUUAUACCCCACGAACUCCAAACAUUCAGACAUUUUGUUAUUCACAAGGCUUCGUCUAGGUCAUCCGCAGAUCACGCACGAUUACCUGUUAAAUAAUGGAAACGGAUCCUGCUGCUUUUCUAGAUCCUCUAGAACAUCAGUAAAACAUAUACUAGAUGCAUGCCCCCAAUUUACCAAUACAAGGCGAAGGAUGUUUGGCACAGCUCUCCCAUCGAAACUGCUAACUAAUAUAACAUCGUCGAAUAUAAGUACUAUAUCUAACUUUCUUAUAACAUGUAACAUAGCACAUUUAAUUUAAUAUAAACUGUACAAUUUAUAUAUUAAGGAUAAUACAUAUUUAUGUAUAUCCGUUAUUUAGACAUAACAUCCAAUUAUUACUAUCAUAUUAAAUUGUAAAGACCAGCUGAUGGCCCCGAGCUAGUGCUGCUAAUUUUGCUGUUUUCUGUAUAUUUAUAUGCUUAAAAUAAAUAUGAAUCUGAAUCUAAAUCACCCAUUUGGACAGUUGCUAAAAAAGGUACCGAUGAAAAAGGGAAACCUAAACGAAGAAUGGUUGUAGACUUUCAAAAGCUAAAUGCUCAAACUAUUACAGAUAGAUAUCCCAUACCUGAUGUAGGCAUGACAAUACAGAAUCUUGGUAAAGUAAAAUUAUUUACGACCUUACAACUUGACAGAGAAAAAUCAGCUUUUAGCAAAAAUAGAGCCAAAUAUGAAUUUCUUCGUAUGCCUUUCGGACUGAAAAAUGCUCCGUCAAUUUUUCAAAGGUGUAUAGAUGACAUCUUAAGACCAUAUAUUGGAAAAAUUGCCUAUGUCUAUAUAGACGACGUUCUCAUUUACUCUUCUUCCCCUGAAGAGUAUAUCGAGCACAUACGUAUAAUUGUAAAUGCACUUCAUCAAGCUAACAUGAAGAUUUCCAAUGAGAAAUCACACUUCUUUAAAGAUUCCGUAGAGUAUUUGGGACACAUAAUUAAAUUUAAUAAAAUUACUGCUGAUCCAGUAAAAAUACAAACCAUAAAAGAUUUUUCCACGCCUACUUCACUAAAAGAACUUAGAUCCUUUUUAGGUCUUGCAAGUUAUUAUAGAAAAUUCAUAAAAAAAUUUGCAGCCAUUGUCAAACCACUUACUACGUUUCUCAGAGGAGAAAACGGCGGCAUAUCAAAGACUCAAAGCGCAAAAAUUAAAAUUGCAUUAGAUGAACCUGCAAUAGCAGCAUUAAGUCGAAUAAAGAAGAAUUGCAAGCUCAGGUUGAACUCUUCCAACCAAAUUUUAACAAACCUUUCGAAUUAACCACAGACGCUAGUAAUUACGCGAUAGGAGCUGUAUUAUCGCAAAAUAAUAAACCCAUAUCAUUUAUUUCACGAACACAACCAAACCGAACAGAAUUACUCUACAAACGAAAAAGAGUUACUCGCAAUUGUGGGGGCCUUACAAAAGCUUCGAAAUUACUUGUAUGGCAUAGUUAACUAUAUACACCGCUCAUUACGGCGCUAAAAUCACUUACAAACCUGGUCAGCAGAACGUUGUUGCUGAUGCACUUUCCCGCCAACAAUUUGAUAACACAUCUAAUUCUAAUAAUUCCCAACAUUCAGCACAAAGCUCUCCUAUAAAAAAAAUUAAACGUGUGAAGCAACCAUUAAAUUGUUUUAAAAAUCAAAUUAUUAUAAAACAAUCAGACGCAAACCCCAUCCAAGUAUCAUCCCAAAAUAUCUUUUCUAACAGUAGACAUACAAUUUUUUUUAACACUAAAACUGAGGUAUUGGACAGAUUAAAAAAUGUAAUCAAACCACAAGUUGUAAACGCUCUACAAAUAGAUGAAUAAAUAUUAUUUUUCGUUGAAAAUGCAUUUCCCACUGUGUCUAUUGUUCUAACUCAUAAAACGGUUGAAGACAUAACCGAAAUCGAAAAACAAAAACAAAUCAUAAAUGACACACAUAGACGUGCACACAGAAAUUACCAAAUAACGCACAGAAAAUUUCGUUAAAAUAUUACUGGCCAAACAUACGAGACGCCUGUAAAAAGAAGUACAAGACUGAGAAAUCUGUCCGUGCAGCACCAACACCAAACAAAGUAGGAGAAUACAUACACUUAGAUUUAUUCUAUAUGAGCGAUAACAUAUGUAUACAUUAGCUCAACUGACAAAUACUCAAAAUUUUGCCACUUCAGACAAAUACCUUCAGGAAAAGAUAUAUAUAAGUAUGUCGACGAGAUACUUUCACAAAUAUACCCAAACGCAAAGUUUCUAAUGACUGAUAACGAAUUAUCAUUUGCAAGCCUAUGUGCACAACAAAUUUACAAAAGUUUACAAAUAGCGCACACCAAAACGCCAGCGUUUCAUUCUACUACAAACGGACAAGUAGAGCGUACGCCCAGCACAAUAAUUGAACUCGCGAAAGUUUUGGCAGACCAGCAUAAUUCAGCACCAGAAGGACAGAUAUUUGAAGACGUUCGGCAAUACAAUAAAAUGAUCCAUUCGGUAACCAACGAGAAACCCGAGGACAUGUUCUUCAAUCAAAAGGGGUAUCCUGACAUCCACGAACGUUUACAAGAAAAUCAGGAACGAGUCUUACGUUAUCAGAAUCGUAAUCGACAGCAGCUGAAUUAUAGACAAGGUGACGUCAUAUUUGUGAAGACGCACAGGCGAAAUAAAAACGUGAAAAAAUACGCGAAACAAAUUGUUAAAGAAGACAACGGAAGGACGGUAACGACAAAUAGGGGACGUGUUAUUCACAAAGAUAACAUAAGAGUACAGCCAUGUACAGAAUAAUUUUUUUUCUUUAUUACACUAUCGCAUUAUGCGACAACAUAAUUGAUUUAAAAAACAAAAAAUAUGUGCUUGUUGAAACUGACCCGGUUUACAUUUACCCGAAUAGUUCGUUUUUAUAUCACAUUUCAAAUCCUUGCACCUUACGAAGAGAUAAUGAAAUCUUCUUAUAAUUUAGAAAACCAGCCUGAAACAAAAAUAUUAGUAAAUAAAAUUGAAACUUUAAAAAAUCAA